AUGACCAUGAUAAAGUUCGUUUUGGCCGGUCUGAUGUUAUUCUCGACAAAAGUAUCGUCGAAGUCACACCUGACGAAAUGUUGCCCGCCAGGAGAGAUCUUCUCAGAAUAUUCCAUCGUAGAGUGCGUUUCAGUACCGAGAAACGCAACGGAACUCUAUAGUCACCAUUGGAACACUACUAUGGAGUCCCAAGGAAUUCCUCAGUGUAAGGAACCCGAAAAUCUUAUGACAACGCCGCUUGACGAUCUCGAUUCCGACAACUUCUUAGAGGUGCCAGCUUGCCUCGAAAUACUUCACGUGCAAGCAACUGGAGAGAGCACCGUAAUAGUCGUUCAUUGUCAAUCGAACAAAGAUCGACCGGUGAAAGCGAUUAACGCAUCCUUUCCGCAGCUUACAUAUAUAAAAAAAUGUUGCCCUCGCGAUACAGUAUUCGACAGUCGCACGAAGGCUUGUGUGCCGCAGUUAAGCGAAUUAGACAGCCUCGCAGCAUUUUUGCUAAAUAAAUCGGCUAACGCAGAUUUUGUGGUGGUAGCUAUCGAAGGUCCACCUACGUGCAAAGGCCCUGUCGUCGAUUACGAGAUUGACAAAAACGAUGUCUUUGUGCGGAACAGUACAUAUUCGGUGAUGGUUCCAGCGUUCACGAAUAUUGUGAAAGAGGAACUUUUGGUUACUGAAGGUAAUGCUUGCCUCGAGAUGACGCCGGAUUCUGAUCGAACAUUGAUAGCGCGCGUCUGCAGAAAUCCGGAAUUUUGCCACAGGAACGCUUGCAUUAGAAAGUGCUGCGCCGAAAAUGAGUUCUUUUACGCUCAGGGAUGCAAUAAAUUCGCUGUACCCGACGAACCGACAGAGUUUCACGAGGCCCUCGCGAUCGCCGUAAAUCAAACGAAAUCGUCCGCUUUCGACACGACCAAAGGCUAUGGAAUCUUGAUUGGGAAGCCAUGUAAAUAUGGCAUGUAUCCCAUGGAUCCAAGGGAAGAAGAUUGGUCACUGACGUCAGAAGGACAUGUUUUUAUCGAAAAUUAUAACAUGUAUGACCAGGACAAAUACUGCAUGGACAUCUUUUACAACAAAUCGGAGUUUGAUCACAACUUUCAUUUGUUCAUAUGUUUCGACAAAUUGGAGACAAAUGAGAUUUCAGUAAGAUACCAAAUGAACACCGCCCUGGAAGUCAUCAGUUGCGUCUUCCUGCUAAUGACCUUGCUGGUGUAUGCGUGCCUGCCGAGUCUGCAGAAUCUUCAUGGUAAAACGCUGAUGUGCCAUGUGAGCAGCCUCCUUAUGGCCUUCACCUGUUUGCCCAUCAUUACUUGGAUCAUGCCAAGUGACGUGAUUGAAGAACAAUUUAUAACAACGUGCAAAGCUUUAGCUUAUACUAUGCUUUUUUCUUUUCUGUCGGCGUUUUCCUGGCUUAACGUCAUGUGCUUCGACAUAUGGUGGACCUUUGGAGUUUUGCGCGGAAGUACCAUUACAAAGGCGCGCGAGGAUAGGAAAAGAUUUCUAUUAUACUGUGUUUAUGCAUGGGGCCUCUCCUUGCUGGUGUCAAUCCUCGCUAUCGUUGCUGACAGCACGGAAAUCCUGCCAGACUAUCUGCAACCCGAUAUUGGCAAUAGGGGCUGUUGGUUUACACAAAGACGAGAUUCGUACGGCGAAUUAACUUUCUUCAUCGGACCGGUGAUGAUUCUGCUGAUAUCUAAUGUAGUGUUUUUCAUUCUCACGUCGAUACAUUGCAAUAAGAUAAAAGCAGAGAUAAAAAGGGUAACUACGGACCCCACCGAUCCCAGAAGCAAACGAUUUCUUAUAUUUAUAUUAUUUUCUGAUAGAUUUAUCAUGAACAUCAAACUGUUUAUCGUCAUGGGAAUGUCUUGGAUCUGCGAGGUGGUGUCAUUCUUCCUGGUAAAAUAUUUAGAUUACGGACAUUGGCACCAUGUGUUUUUCUACACCAGCGAUAUCUUCAAUUGCCUCCAAGGUCUACUCAUCUUUAUUCUCUUCGUCUUGAAGAGUCGCGUGUAUCAAGCGCUUCGUAGACGAUUGGGAUUGGACACUAAGAAGAAAAAAACGACUCCGAAUAACGCAACCGCGACUUUACACGAUCCUUAUAGAGUCAGGAAGAGCGCAAGUGACAGUACAUUAACGACGUUCGCGAUUAGUUCGACACCAUAAAGUAAUAAUUGAGACUGUCUAGUAUGAUAAUUUACGUAAUUUAUUCUUUCUUUUUACCACAUAAUAUUCUUGUGUCCUCGAGUUAC